GGGAGGGAGGGACAGAAGGAGGGUGGCAGAGAUUGAUGAGCCAGGUGGCAUCUCUGCCGGCUGCACAGCCGCCGCGGGACGGAAGGAGGGAGAGAGGGAAGAAGGAAGGCAGGCAGGCAGCCGCAAGGAGCAGCAGCAGCAGCAGCCGCCUUUGCAGCGCCUUCUUGCCUGGGAGAAGCCUCAGAGGGAGAAGGCAGGGCGAGGCUGGGCAGGGAGAGCAAAGCAAGGCAAGGCAAAGCAAAGCAGCCACCCUGCAGAACAGAAACAGCAGCGGCAGCAGCAUCCUGGGUGAUCUGAGUCAACAUGGUGGCUGCCCACACCUCCCAUGCUUCCUCCUCCAGCGAGUGGAUCGCAUGCCUGGAUAAAAGGCCUUUGGAGCGUUCUAGUGAAGAUUUAGAUAUUAUAUUCACCCGGCUAAAAGAAGUGAAAGCAUUUGAAAAAUUCCAUCCAAAUCUGCUCCAGCAAAUAUGCCUUUGUGGCUAUUAUGAAAACCUGGAAAAAGGAAUUACAUUAUUUCGCCAAGGUGAUAUUGGAACCAAUUGGUAUGCUGUGCUGACAGGAUCUUUGGAUGUUAAAGUUUCGGAUACAAGCAACCACCAGGAUGCUGUGACAAUCUGCACCUUGGGAAUUGGAACCGCUUUUGGAGAGUCGAUUUUGGAUAACACCCCUCGCCAUGCUACUAUUGUUACAAGGGAAAACAGUGAGCUGCUGCGAAUUGAGCAGAAGGAUUUCAAGGCACUUUGGGAGAAAUAUCGGCAGUAUAUGUCAGGACUUCUGGCUCCUCCUUAUGGUGUUAUGGAAACGGGCUCCAACAAUGAUAGGAUGCCAGACAAGGACAAUAUGUCUAGCAGUAGCCUCUGCUCCAUGGCUAAAAAUAGCAAUAAGAUGUCUUUCAUUGAGCAUCACAUCCCACUUCGUCCAGUUAAAACCAUUGCAGAGGUUCCAUCAGAAAAAAUCCUCCGAGCUGGAAAAGUAUUACGGACUGCCAUUCUCUCCCGGGCACCUCACAUGAUCAGAGACCGGAAGUAUCAUCUAAAGACAUACCGACAAUGCUGUGUUGGAACAGAACUGGUAGACUGGAUCAUGCAGCAAAGUUCAUGUGUUCAUUUACGCACCCAGGCUGUGGGCAUGUGGCAGGUAUUGCUGGAGGAUGGUGUUCUUAACCAUGUGGAUCAAGAGCAACACUUCCAGGACAAGUACCUGUUUUAUCGAUUUCUGGAUGAUGAGCAUGAAGAUGCCCCAAUGCCGACUGAGGAAGAGAAGAAAGAAUGUGAUGAAGAGCUACAAGACAUCAUGCUUCUACUGUCUCAGAUUGGUCCUGAUGCCCAUAUGAGGAUGAUUCUAAGAAAGCCGCCUGGCCAAAGAACCGUAGAUGACCUAGAGAUUAUAUAUGAAGAGCUUCUGCACAUAAAGGCUUUAUCUCAUCUUUCAACAACGGUAAAACGGGAGUUAGCAGGCGUUCUAGUGUUUGAAUCACACCCCAAAGCAGGAACAGUCUUGUUUAAUCAGGGAGAAGAAGGAACCUCAUGGUACAUUAUUCUAAAGGGAUCAGUAAAUGUAGUCAUCUAUGGCAAGGGUGUGGUGUGUACUCUACAUGAAGGUGAUGAUUUUGGCAAGUUGGCAUUAGUGAAUGAUGCUCCAAGAGCAGCUUCCAUUGUCCUAAGAGAAGACAACUGCCAUUUCUUGAGAGUGGACAAGGAAGACUUUAACAGGAUACUCCGGGAUGUUGAAGCAAACACAGUGCGACUUAAGGAGCACGAGCAGGAUGUCUUGGUGCUAGAGAAGAUCCCAGCAGGAAGCAGAACUUCUAAUCAAGGAAAUGCUCAGCCCAAUUCCCUUUUAAUCAGGUACAUUGUGAUGUCCGGAACGCCAGAGAAAAUUUUAGAACAUUUCCUAGAAACAAUGCGUCUUGAAACAACACUGAGCGAUGGAACAGAUACAGGUGUACAUGAUUUUGUGAUGAUGCACUGCGUGUUCAUGCCAAAUAACCAACUAUGUCCAGCUUUGAUGGCCCAUUAUCAUGCUCAGCCUUCCCAGGGGACUGAGCAAGAAAAAAUGGAUUAUGCUCUAAACAAUAAAAGGCGAGUCGUUCGCUUAGUUUUGCUGUGGGCUGCUUUGUACGGCGAUCUCUUGCAAGAGGACGAAGCAGCAAUGGCCUUCCUGGAGGAAUUUUAUGUAUCUGUAUCAGAUGAUACAAGAAUGAUUACAGCUCUCAAAGACCAACUCCCAGAAUUAGAGAAGGCUAUGAAACAAAUAUCAGAAGAAGCUAAAGCACCUCAGAAAAAGCACAAAGUUCUUUUGCAGCACUUCAAUACAAGUGAUGAGAGGACACAAAAACGCCAGCCAAUCAGAGGAAGUGAUGAAAUUUUGUUUAAGGUGUACUGCCUCGACCACACUUAUACCACCAUCCGCAUUCCUGUGUUGUCUUCGGUUAAAGAAGUCAUCAGUGCUGUGGCUGACAAACUGGGCUCUGGAGAUGGCUUGAUAUUAGUGAAGAUGAGCUCAGGAGGAGAAAAAGUACUACUCAAACCUAAUGAUGUUUCAGUGUUUACAACACUCAGUGUUAAUGGACGACUCUUUGCUUGCCCUCGAGACCAGUUUGAUACAUUGACACCACUACAGGAACAAGAAGGUCCUUCUACUGGAACUGUAGGAACUUUUGAACUCAUGAGCUCCAAGGACCUGGCAUAUCAAAUGACAAUUUAUGAGUGGGAGCUUUUCAACUGUGUACAUGAGCUGGAACUCCUCUACCACACGUUUGGGAGGCACAAUUUUAAAAAGACCACAGCCAACUUGGAUUUGUUUUUACGAAGAUUUAAUGAAAUCCAGUUCUGGGUGGUCACUGAAGUUUGCCUUUGUUCUCAGCUCAGCAAACGUGUUCAACUGUUAAAGAAGUUUAUCAAGAUAGCAGCCCAUUGCAAAGAAUACAAAAAUCUGAAUUCUUUUUUUGCUUUAAUCAUGGGACUAAGCAAUGUCGCAGUAAGCCGCCUCACAAUGACAUGGGAGAAACUUCCAAGCAAGUUCAAGAAGAUCUAUGCAGAGUUUGAAAGCUUAAUGGACCCCUCAAGAAACCAUAGGCCCUACAGACUCACUGUAGCUAAGCUGGAGCCUCCUGUUAUUCCCUUUAUGCCGCUACUCAUAAAAGACAUGACAUUCACCCAUGAAGGGAACAAGACAUUCAUUGACAGUCUAGUGAAUUUUGAAAAAAUGCGCAUGAUUUCAAACACAGUUAGGACAGUGAAAUUCUGCCGGAGCCAACCUUUUAGUCCUGAUGCUUCUCUGGCAAACAAGAACCACCAGGACGUCCGGAAUUAUGUACGGCAAUUAAGUGUGAUUGACAACCAGAGGACUUUAUCACAGAUGUCACACCGGCUAGAACCACGGCGUGCUUAAGCAGUUCCAAGUGAUCACACCUCCCUUUUUGUCCCCUGUACAAGGCCAUUUGUUAAGAAGGCCACCUCUUCCUCCUACUGCACUGCCACUACAAAUAUAAGCAACAACAGAGUGUGAGAUCUUUGGUAAUUAACGCACAACCUACCUGCUGUCCCUAUGAAACAACAGAGGAGAUUGGCUGUUGAAGAUGUCAGAUGUUGUAGCUGGAAGGUUCCUGGUGUUGUAUGCUGUUAGUUAAGUCUGGAAAAAAAUGUUGUACAGAAUAGAAAUCUUUAUUUAAAGAGAGAAAGAGAAAAUGCUCUGGAUCCUGGUAAGAAGACAAUGUAAAACUUCUGCCGCUUCCAAAGAAUAUAUGGACCGGUUCUGUUACCUGAUCAGAUUAAUUGCAGUAUUUUAAAUCUAUUAUUAAAUUGACAUGCAGAUUUUGCCAUUGAUUUUGCAUGUUUAGCUCAGAUGAGCUUCUGUAGGAAAUUUAAAUAAAAUACCUAAUGGCAGAAAACAGGUACAGUUACUUACUACUAUGGUUUUGACAUUCAGAGAACAGUCAAAAGCCUUUCCCUGCAAGAGAGGUAUAUUUUUGAAAAACCACAUUUGCCUUACAGCAGUAGAGCAUUGUGGCCCCACAAUAACCCUAGGAAAUACUAGUUUUCUAAGACCUAGGUACAUCAUUUGUUUACAUUUCACUUAUUUUUAUGUGUGUGUGUUUUUAACUGCCAAUCAGGAUUUUACAGGAUGAAAAGUCAAGGAUAAUAAAGUUUUCUGAACAAAGCAUUAAAAGCAGCAAAAAAACAACCCCACAACCACAACUUGUAUUAUUUUUUUUAAAACCCACAAAAGAGCACAAUAGGCACAAUUUAUUUCAAGGUAAUAUUUUACUGGAUGCUGAAACCUCCAACGUCAGCUACACUUUGGGCUGAUCAGGUCGUAUUUUCUGGAUCUGAAACUUUACGAAAAAAAUCUUCUAAUUUUCAGGAAUAAUUUUGCACUUUUAAAUGGGCAGUAUACAGAAACGUUAAUUCAUUGUGGGAGUUAAUUUAUUUCUUUAUAUGUUAGUCAUUGUGCCAUAAUAAUAACUUUUUAUCUAUUUUAUUUAGCAUGUAAUGGAAGUACGGUUUUAUCUUUGUAUUUAGUCCACGUUUCAUGCCUAUGAGGAGCGUGUUAUAUGUUUUGUGUAAAUAAGAUGCACUGUCUUCAUUAAAAGUAACUGCCAACUAAA